AUGGUCAGUGCUAAGCAGUGGGUUUUAAAAAAUACUCCAGUUCCUGGACAACCUUUCAAUUUUAAUUUCGAGGAUCCAGAGGCGAGUUUUGAACUGAAGGAGGUCAAUCUUUCUGCUGAUGAUUUGAAAGAGGGUGGUAUUUUGGUUGAGACACAUUAUAUUUCCAAUGAUCCAGCACAAAAAUUUUGGAUUGCGUCAGUGGACAAGAAUUAUUCCAAGGGGGUUGAACCAGGUGAGAAUAUCCCAGCUAGGGGCCUUGGUAAAAUAUUGGCUUCUAAGAACAAGGAUUACCAGGUUGGUGACUACGUUGUAGGUAAGUUUUGUUGGACUACUGCUGUAAUUGUCGAUGAUCCAGUGGAAGCAAUUGUUCACAAGGUUUCAAAGGAUGAUGUGGGUGAACUGUGGUGGCAUCUUUCUGUACUAGGUAGCACUGCUUUGACUGCAUAUUUCAUCUUUUACAAGUAUGCUGGUCUUCAAGAGAAAGAAGAAUAUUGCGGUAAGACCUUUGUGAUCUCUGGUGCUGCCGGUGCUGUGGGAUCUGUUUGUACUCAGCUUGCUCUCAACGUAUUCAAAGCUGCAAAGGUCAUCGCAAUUGCAGGCGGACCAGAGAAGGUAAAAUAUGUUGAAUCCUUCGGUGCCAAUGUCGUUGGUGUAGAUUACAAAAGUGACACUUUCAAGGAUGACCUAAAACAUGCGGCGGGAGGCAUUAACACUGUGGACUAUUUUAUCGAUAAUGUUGGUGGAGAAAUUCUAGAUCUUGGUGUUACGUUGCUGAAAGUCCAUGGUACGGUUAUUGCCUGUGGAUCCAUUAGCGGCUACAAUGAUCCACAAAAGUUUGUGUUUAAGAACUAUAGCGCAGUCAUCACGAAGAGGUUGACCUUAAGAGGUCUACUUGUCACCGAUGAUCUGGCUGAGUUUCCAAAGGCAUUCGCAAAACUCGCCCAAUUGAUCAAGGCUGGAGAUCUUGACCCUAGUAACUCUGCAACUCUUGUCGAUGCAAUCGGCGAGAAAUUCGAGUAUAUUCCUGUAAUUUGGAGCGGAUUGUUCCAGGGAAUAAACAAGGGUAAGCUGAUCUCUGUGGUCAAGAAAGAAGAUUGA